GACAACAUCACGUCCAGCCCCCGCCCCACGGGCAACAUCACUUCCGGUCUACUCUCCAUAAAAGCCACUCCCCUUCCUCUGGAGAGGAAAGGACAAUGACAGGUCUAUAUCAGUAUCACUGUCAUCGCAAUGUUUUCCUGAUUCUUUUGAUCAUAAUAUUUUUUGCACUGCUAAAAUGGCACUAUCUUCCUGACCAAGACGUGGACUGCAAAUUCUUACAGGAUGAACAGAUAACAGAUUUUUAUAGAAAAUGGCAGGAUCAGACAUCAUUCUUAAAGGAGGCAAUUUAUCUUCCAUUGCAAGUUCCUUAUCGGUACCUGGUGGGGUCAUCAUUUUUAACCAAAAAAUGCUUUGCAGUAGGAAUACGAGUCAAGAAAAAUAAGGAUAAAGCAAAUUCUUUAGCAAUCAUUCAAUCCAUCUUUGAUGAAUCAAGUCCUAUAAAUCUGGAUGAAAUUCUUGUAAUAAUCUACUUAGCUGAUGCUGACUAUGCUUGGGUUUUGAGCAUAGAAGAAAAAAUUAAGACCUACUUCAGCAUUCACAUUGCUGCUGGCAGACUAGUUACCAUUCAGGCAGCUAAGAGUGCAUACCCUCCCCUUAAACAAGUGGAUUUCAACAAAGACCAAGAAAACAGUCUCCCCAGUGUCCAAGAAAAUGUGGAUUUUGCUUUCCUAAUAAAUUUUAUCUCAAACCUUUCUAAAUAUGUGAUCAUUCUAGAAGACAACCUUAGGUGUAUGAAGAACUGCUUCAAUAGAGUGAAAGCACAUAUUGCAAAAAUGAAUAAAGGUCAGUGGGUUUCUCUUCACCUUACUUAUCCUGGCCAAGUUGGAAAACUUUAUCACAACUAUGACUGUUCACAGCUGGCACGAUUCCUGUUGCUGUUUUAUGACAAGAUGUCACUUCCAGACUUGUUACUUCAGUUUCAGAAGACUAGAGUUCAACAAAAGGAUAUAAUUGCUAUACCUCAAGUAUUUUGGUAAUUUUUAAAAGACACAAUAGCAAUGCCGGUAAUGCAAUAGACAGCAUUGCCACUCCAAGGAUCCUGGGUUUGAAGAUCAUAACUGGUUGUUGCUACGUGGAGUUUGCUUUAUUCUCCCUGUGUCUGUCUAGGUUAUCCUCCAAGAAUGUCACCUUUCCCUACCACAUUCUGAAAUAUGCACUGUGGGACUGAUGGCCUGUCCAGGGCUGUUUGCUGUCUCGUGCACAAUGCUCCAAGAAUGAGCUUUGGCUCCCAGUGACCCAGAAUUGGGUAAGCACUUUGGAGAAUGAUUUGUUUUGUUACAAUAUCAACAGUAUUGCAGUAAAGUCCUUAACCCUUUAAAUGCAGCCUCAUUUUUGUCUGUUUUCUGCUACUUUGAUUUAACUGGCUAGAACCUUAUCAUCCUUCACUCAGUAUUCAUGUUCUACCCUUCAAAAUAAAGAUCAGACAUAUCUCCAUCAGACUUUUUACAGAUAGAGAAUCAGUAAUGUUGUACAUGUUACAGUAUGUUACAGUAGAAUAAGCUGCACAAUUCAAUAAAAUUUUUACCGAACAUUGCACUUUGAAUGUUAUUCUUAUUUCCAUAUGUGUUGGAAUAAGCUUCAAAACACUAUAAAAAUGUCAGCGAAUUUGUCAGGAACACCCAGAAAAAACUGUUAUAAAAUAUCUACAAAUGUGCCUGGUUUUAACUGUUUUGAAGCAACUCAAAAAACAGAUUUUUCUUUUUUUGCUUUUACUGUUUUCAAAUAAGAAUACAUAUUCAUUAUGGAAGACCUAUGGCCUAUGUGUCAUUUUAAAGGGCAGAUCUUACACUUUCAGAUUUUAUGUAGUUGAUAAAGAAAUUAUAUCGGGCUGCCAAAUUACAAAAUACAAAAGGUGUAAAGUGGAGUCAUUUGAAAGUUGAAACACCCCUCUCAUUUAGCAGAUAUGGUACAUAAUUAACUCAGGACAUUCAAGAAAGCAAUGGAAAACAUUGUAAUGUGGUAUUUUGGUAUGCAAUAAAUGAUUUUAUGCAGUUUUUGUUAAACUUUUGAAUUAUUCAUUGGUCCUGCCAGCAAGUCCAAAACAAUGUGACUGAGUAUAAAGGACUAAAAAAGGGCAAGUAAAUGAUCCAUGGAAACUAUGAAUAUAAUAGAAAAAUGGCAGUGUGUCAUUUAUUUAAAAUUAAGUAUAAUUUGUCUUUUACAAUAAUUUGGCACUAUCUGGCAGUUUUCUGAGAAACUUGUGCCUUUGUCAUCAUAUGACUCAGGCACCGCCGAGAGUGGCAGCCUUUUCAGCUGCUGCUGGAGUAUG